AUGCACGUUUCCAAGCAGCGACCUCGGCACAGAUCGGCCUCCUCUGACCCGUUCAACGAUCCUGCCCAUCUCUCGUACUCGGCAUACGGCGUCCCCACUCUGACCAGGCACGCUCAGCACCCAUCUUCCCGCCCCCCGCCGCCUCCCCCGAAACACGGCGUACCUAAACCUGCCCCCGCCCCCGCCCCCGCUCAGUACGCGACACCCGCCCAGCGACCGCACACCUCAUCCGGCAACCGGCAGAACAUCAUGGAUGCCGUCCGCGACACUGUCACAGUCCGGGGCUCCUCUGAUCAGAACCCCCGCCAUAGGGUCCACCGGAGCCAAACCGAGCUCCCUCCCCCCGCCACCGUCCGCCCCGCUCCCCCGCCCGUAUCUAGGCGCUCGCACUCUCAGGACUCCGUCGUUCGCGCCGCCAACACUAUGGACAAGGGCAAAUCCAGUCGUUCCAGCAAGAAGAAGGGCUCGGCCCAUGCUGAUGUCAUCGAUAGGCUCGACUUCUCCGGCGUUGGUCCCAUGUUCCACCACGACGGCCCAUUCGAUGCCUGCGCACCCUCCCGCAACCGUCAUCGCACCAAGGCCCCCAUGCUUGCCUGGCAAGCUGGCCAGGAAGCAGACAAAGCAGCCUUAGCAACCGCCCAGCAGUUCCCCAAGUCGCCCGACCUCUUCAUUCCUUACGAGGCCCCCAAGAAGAAGCAUGACGCGAUUGCGGAAGCAUGGGGUAUCCACGAACCGGAGCCCUUUGAGGACUUUUCGGCUGGCGGGGGGGCCGCUGCUCGCGGCAGCGGCGAGUACCACCGAAGCCACGGUUACAACAGCUCCACCAAACGCACCAAGGACGGCAGAGACGCCCGUGACGUUUACCGGGAGUAUUUGGAAGAGAAUCAUCCCACCCCCCAACGACGCCCGACGAAGCGCAACAUCCCCCCUCCCCAGCCCAUCUUUGUCCCCGAUGGCGAGUUGGACAAUGAGCAGUCAUCUCCGCCCACCAGCGCCGGUUACGAGCUGAAUGGCAACACACCUCGGAGGAACAAAUCAAUCAUGCAGCGUAUCCGCAAGAUGCGGGAUUCCCCCAAUGUACCUGUGGGCGGUGAAGACGGUCGUGGUGAUAUGUCUCCUGGUCCCUCUGGUGAGUGUUGCGGUCCAUCUUCUAACCCUGCGCGCAGACCCCUCAUUCGCAUUGAUUAG